AUGACGGUUAUUUAUCUCCUUGGAAAGCUUAUUAUAAUUUUAUUCUUGGUAAUAAUCUCAAUUAUCAUUAUAUCUCUUUUAAUUAAGUAUAGCUCCACUAAAAAGAGUAGUAACAAACAAGAAGGUAGCAUUAUUAUAGUAGUUAUUGGGGAUGUUGGACACAGUCCUAGGAUGCAAAACCAUGCAAUUUGUGCCUCCAAAAAUUUAUGUAAGAAAGUAAGUAAAGUAAAUGAGGAUCUGAAUAUCCCUAUGAAGCUGAAUCACAUACAGGAGAACUUUCAACUUAAGAAUUACCACAUAUAUCUUAUGGGAUAUAGAGAAAGCAAAUGCAGUUCUCUGGUAACAAAUGACCCAAAUAUAUCAAUUGUUGAGUUGUCACCUUCAAAAAUAAAUUCCUAUAAGUAUAGUAUUCCACUUUUUGCAUUUUUUACUCUGAAAAUUAUUGAGCAGACAGCUAGUAUACUUAAACUUGCAUUUAAGGUUCCAAAUCUUAGUGGUAUCAUUCUUCAAGUUCCACCAUCUAUCCCUGCAAUUCCAGUGUUAUGGUUUGUUUCAUUUUUACGUGGUGUUCCACUUAUUAUCGACUGGCAUAAUUAUGGCUAUACCCUCCUCAUACAAACAAAACCUUAUCAAAAUUCAAACAUGCAUACUUCUUUUUUAAGAACUUAUUAUCAAUAUAUCUUGCGUAUAAUUUAUGAAUCGCUGGAAUUCAGCUUGGGUAAAUUAGCUAGUCUUUCUUUUUGUGUAACAAAAGCCAUGAAGAACGAUUUGGCACGGAGAGGAAUUAAGGCAAGUGUUCUUUAUGACCGUCCAAAUAAUUCAUUUAAACCAAUAAAUUCAGUAUCAAAGAGACAUGAACUAUUAUUUAAAUAUUUUGCAGAAUUUAUUUCUUAUUCUGGAGAGAGUUACGAAAUUACAGAUGUUUUGGAUAUUGUGUUGGAAUCACCUUGUAUGUCUUUUCUUUACUCUACGGAUUGUAGAUACUCUAAAGACUCAAAUCUAAAGCCUAUCGACGAUAACGAACAUAUAAUUAAACUAGAAUCAAUGGUAAAUGAAAAAUUUUCUUACAAGUACUCCUUAACAGAUUUUGAGGUUUGGAAAUUAAAUAACAAACCGAAAUUUACUAACCAAAUUAUUGAGAAUAAAGAUGAAUAUAAUAUACAAAUUACUGAAUGUAGUCCCAUAACAAAUCUUUCAGUUAAAUUUAUAAAGGAAGAGAAUUAUAUAAAGUGCUUGUUAGAAGUGAAUCUAAAGAAGAGCAGACCUGCAAUAAUAAUUACAUCUACUAGUUGGACUCCAGAUGAGGAUUUGGAUUUAUUAUUAGACUCUCUUAUUGAGUAUGACAAAUUAACUACGAAUAUAUUAAAUAAAUCUGUAAGUUUACCUAAUAUCCAGAAUAUACCCGAUUUAUUUGUCAUUAUUACUGGAAAGGGGCCAUGCAAAAGAACUUGGCUUGAAAGAGCUAGAAAGGCUAUUUUUAAACAUAUAAAAAUAAGAACUAUUUUUACUACUGCUGAUGAUUAUCCCAAAUUACUUGCCUGUGCAGAUUUGGGGAUAUCUUUGCAUUAUUCUUCAAGUGGAUUGGAUUUACCAAUGAAAGUUGUGGAUAUGAUCGGGGCAGGGAUCCCCAUUUUAUCUUACUAUUUCCCAGUUAUGAAAGAAUUGCUUCAAGAUGAUAAAUUUGACUUAUUUUUUAGUAGCUCUAAUGAGUUAUGUUAUAAAUUAGCUACAGUUUUGUCGAAUUUUGGGAAUACAAGAACUGAUACUCAGACAUCUGAAGUUCUAAAAGAUAUGCGUACGAGUAUCAUUAAAGGAAGACCUCAAGAUUUUGAUAUAGAAUGGACUCAGAAUGUAUUGGAUAAACUAACCAAAUGUAUUACUUAA